GCGCUCAAAUUUACGGACUCCGUUAGCCAGCUACAGACGUGGUCCUGUUAUAGUUACUGUCUGCAACAUGGAUGAAGUGAAUGAUUUGGUCAUUAAGCUGUAUGAUCUACAAGCAGUAAAAUUUGGGUCAUUCAAGUUGAAGAGCGGCAUUAAUUCACCGAUUUAUUUCGAUCUGCGAGUUAUAGUUUCGCAUCCGUCUCUCAUGAAACAGGUGUCCAAUAUCCUGUUCCAGCGUGCCAAAAACGAGAAGCUGAAUUUUGACAAUGUGUGCGGCGUCCCGUACACGGCUCUUCCUCUUGCAACCAUCAUCUGCUCCGACCAUAACCUGCCGAUGCUCAUUAGAAGAAAAGAAACGAAGGAUUAUGGGACUAAGAAACUGGUUGAAGGAACCGUUCAUCCUGGGGAUUGCUGUCUUAUCAUUGAGGAUGUGGUGACAAGUGGAAGCAGUGUCCUAGAAACUGCUGAAGUGUUGCAGAAGGAAGGCUUGAGGGUGACUGAUGCCAUCGUGCUGAUGGACAGGGAACAAGGCGGUAAAAAAUGGCUGGCCGAGAAAGGGAUCACACUCCACCCUGUCUUAACCCUCUCCGAUCUCCUGUCGGUUCUUCACGAAGCAGGGAAGAUUGAUUCCGUCACUGUGGACAGUGUUCAUCAGUUCAUCAAGGCAAACAGCUUCUUCGGGGCCCCAGACAAUGAGCCAUUACUCAACAGGAUGUCCCACAAGGAACUGAAUUAUAGGAAACGCGCUGAGCUUCCAGGCACCCACCCAUUAGCAGUCCGUCUCCUGAGACUGAUGGAAGAUAAGAAGAGUAACUUGUGCCUUUCGGCCGACGUGACGCGUGCAGAGGAACUCCUGCGGCUGGCUGAGGAGCUGGGCCCCCUCAUUUGUGUGCUGAAGACCCAUGUGGACGUCCUGGAGGACUUCUCCGAACAAGUCGCCCAGAGACUCAAGGACCUGUCUGAUAAGCAUGGCUUCCUCAUCUCAGAGGACCGGAAGUUUGCCGACAUUGGGAACACGGUAAAAUACCAGUACGAAGGCGGACAGUACCGCAUCUCGUCCUGGUCCCACAUCAUCACCGCUCACGCCCUGCCCGGCCCGGGAGUGAUACAAGGGCUUCGUGCAGUCGGGCAGCCCCUGGGCCGGGGGUGCCUGCUUAUCGCCCAGAUGAGUUCCCAGGGCUCGCUGGCGACAGAGAGCUACACAGAGGCAGUGUUUUUAAAAAUCUCACUGUUUUGCCAGAUAAAAAUGGCGGAAGAGAAUUCUGACUUUGUGUUUGGAUUCAUCUGUGGCGGCAAGAUCAACAGUAAAGCUGGCUUUGUGCACAUGACACCUGGUGUACAACUGCACCCUGGAGGUGAUGGCUUGGGCCAGCAGUAUUGUACUCCCAGCGAGGUCAUUGGUAUAAAAAAGUCUGAUGUCAUCAUUGUGGGACGUGGCAUCCUGGAUGCACCAGACAAGGUGGUGGCUGCAGAGGAAUACAGAAAGGCAGGCUGGGAAGCCUAUGAGAAAAGAAUCUCUGGAGACUGUGUGAAACCUUAGAGAGAAAAGCUUGACCACGACAUGUUUUUCUUUCCCAGCAUUUUUUAUAUAUAUAUAAAAAUAUUUUUAUAUAUAUAAUGUAUGUAUGUAUGUGUGUGUGUGUGUGUGUGUGUGUGUGUUUGUGUUUGUAUAUAUAACUUACACUUUACAGUUUACCAUGUGUAAACAUUUUAAACAGGAAAAUUUAUAUUUUGGUGUGUUUUCAGUAGUUCUGGGAAUUUUUAUUGUAAUUGAUUCCGAUGAGCUAAAUGAAAUGGCAACAUGAAAUGCCACAGCGAUGCUGAAUACUACACACUCCUCUUGUUAUUUUUAUGGUAACACCAAAUAUAAUGCACAGCUGAACAGCCAGGUACCACAUCAAUUGUUGUUCAGCUUAAAGAAGCAACUCAGACACCAGCUAGCAAAAAAAAAAUGCUAGUGUCUGGGGAUGAUGAGAUUACAUACAUGAAUGAUGUUGGGAAGGAAUGAUCACAUCCAGAUUGUCAUCUCCCUGAGCAAAUGUGAAACAUCAGCAAUACGGUAAAGAUUCCCAUCAAUCAUUGGGAAAUUUGUGCCUGUUUAUCAACUUGCAUCCUAAAAACGGAUUGGUGGAGAGACAUGCAGAAAACUGUUAAUUGCCAUCUUAUUUUGCUUGUGCACCCGAACAGUUCGAGAGGUGAAAACGUACAGCUACAAAACUGUCUGGCAUUUGUCUAACUGAAUGUUGUAACCCAAAGCGGGAAUGUCAAUUUUUAAAAAGACUAAGCAGCUUUGAAACUUUAGCCUUGUUUAAGCAGAUCCAGGUUUGUUGUAGUUCCCCUCGUCAUCAGUGAUAUAAACUCUGUUUUUUCUUCGAUUUAAAGGCAAAUAUAUCCAUGAAAUUA